UUGGAGCCAGUACUAGAAAAUGCUAUUAUUGCUUUUUUUAAAGCAAAAAAUGAAAAAAAUUAAUUAAUUAAAUUAAAAAAAAUUAAAUUAAAUUUUAAACAAUUAAAAUUGUCUACGACAUUUCAUGCUCGAAGAGCUUUCCUAACUGAAUUCAUUCAAAAGACACUGCUAGGUGUUGCGGUACCGGGAAAGUGAACAAAUAGGCAGGCUUUGGUGCGUUUUAUGAGUAUUCCAAUCACGGUCCAUAUUUACAGCAUAAUCCUAGUUAUGAUAAUGCGUGUAUAUUUUGGAUUGUUGAACCUAAAUAAAGUACAUGCCAGUAGCAUUGUCCUAACGUUAUAAACUGAAUACCACAUAAUAACGCGGUCCCAGUGAUCCGACACUUAUGUCAUAUUAGAUCGGUAGAAGUGCAUGAAUUGAAUUAAAUGUGAUUCGCUCAUGGGUACCUUUCUAGGGUUUCUGGACGGUUCCUAGCGUAUGCCAAGGCCGUACGGUCAAAAUAGGAAUAACAAAUAUURAUUGCAUGAACAGCAGGUCACACACAGGUGGAUAUUCAAGGAUAUUCUUCAUAAUAAGGAAUCAAGGAGGCAGUCAUGAAGUCGAGUAAAAUUUCUUGCUUUUAAAAGACGGAAAAUAGAUGUGCAUUGGUUAACACGUUUAUUUUAAAAGAAUGUAAUGGGAUGAUGUAGUUGUAACAUAAGAUUGUCAUCUCAGAUAACUAAUGUUUACCUUGAAGGCUCAAAUCCCUUCGUCCAGAUCACUACAACUUUAUUAAGGGAGCACCCAUAACCGGUCUAUAUAUCAUAAAUAAGCUAACAAAUUAAAGAUCUGACAGGGUGUUUUCUUACUAAACCCAAAAAAUCUUUUGAAGGCAUCUACAAAUAUCUUCAGGCCUCACACACCUUCAAACUGUGUUUCAUAACAUGUGACGUCACAAUCACCGACUGUGAUAAUUGGCGGCGAAAUGGAACUAAAAGACGUGUAUAAAGACACAGGCUGGACUUUUUUUUUUCUUUUGCAUGUGAAAGCAGCGGGCUUUUUGUCACAAACGAUACUAGUGAUACCACUGGAAGCACGUUUGUUUGUUGCUUUGAGUUAUUUCGAGCGAAAAAAACAWCUUAUUACUCUGAGUAUGCCUAACUUCCGUGCUUCUAACGAGAGAUUAGGGAGUGAUUUUAGAUCAACCAAUAUAACUUGAUAAUGAAAUAGUAUAUAUCCAGAAGAAAAUACGACAAUCAGUAGAAAAUCUUCUCAAAAACUCUUCCGAUCAACAACGUUUUAUUGAAUUGGGUUUAAAAGUGAUUUAUUGUGUUCUGAGUUAUUUAUUGUACAUGCAGAACAUCAUUUAAUGAAUAAGUAAAUGAUCAGUGUAAAACCGCCAAAAGCCAAGAAGGAUAUGAUAGGCCACCAGAAGGAAAUUAAAAAUUAGUGCCGAGGAAAAGAAACAUCGAAACAAACAGAUUAAAACGUAAUAGUGACGUCGUGCAUAAGYCUUGGAUUAAAAAGCGACAUUUAGAACCUUAAAAGAGAUAUGAUUCUCAGCCUCUGUAGCUGAUCAGAGUAAGUUAGUGCCAACGUGUGACGCAGCGUCCUAACCAGGAUUUCUUGAUAUAGAGGCAGAAUUUCGUCAGCAAGUGAGGCCGAUUUUGACAAGAUCUGUUCAAGAUAUCUUGCUAAAAUAACAAAUAGCUACGUGCACCUCAUAUUGUAGCUGAACAGAACACUGAAAGGCGACUUGAAAAUAAUAGAAGAUMGUAGCGUUCUAAGUGCAUGUGGUACGUGCAGCAUCUAAAAUAACCUAAAAAAAACAGAGUGUGACACUACUUCUAAACACUACUUCAUCGGUGGUUUGUGUUCUCGAGAGAAAUUGGGUAGAUCAACGCAGAUGGACGCUAUAUUCCAACAUUUAAUGAAGUCAAAAAGAAAGGAAAAAAAACUUGAUGAAUAAGAAUCCAAGAUGAAUCAAACUUCAAACUCAAGCAUCGUUACGAGCAACCAGAAUGUCMUUAUUGUUCAAAUGUUUUUUUACUGUAUGAUAACUUGCAUAGGGGCAACCGGCAACAUUCUCAUAUGCAUAGCAAUAUUACGAAGACGUCAGCACAAGAUUAGUGAAUACUUUAUCUUUAAUCUAUCCGUUACUGAUUUAGCCGUUUGUACGAUUAGCAUACCAUUAGAUGUCGUUGAGAGAAUACUAGGCUAUUGGCCAUAUGGAACUGUGUUAUGUAAAAUAAUCUAUCCCUUCCAGACUAUCUUAAUGUCAGUUUCAGUAUCAACACUAUUGGCCAUGAGCCUUGAGCGUUAUAGAGUGAUAAUGCACCCUUUUAAACCUCGUAUUAAGGUCCAUAAAUCACGUUCUAUUAUCGCAGGGAUGUGGGCAGGAAGUAUUAUCCUUGUCUUGCCGUACGUAURUGUAUUAUCACAUGAUGGUCAAAACUGUAUAGAAAAGUGGCCUUCAGAUAACACCUUCGUACAGGCUUACACCAUGUCUGUAUUUAUAGUUCUCUAUCUAUGUCCUUUAUCCAUCAUAACUGUGGCAUAUAGUUUAGUUGGUGCGAAACUCUAUCGGGACAUUAACAGAAUGAAAGGAAUAUUCGCAACGGAGAACAAAACAGCUGGAAACCGCAUGCUGAAGAGCAGAGCACACCGCAAUCUUAGGAUUGUUAAGAUCUUUAUUGUGGCCGUGUGCGCGUUUGCAGUGUGCUUCCUACCGACUCACGUGAUGUGGGUGUGGCAUGAUUUUGGGAGCGGCUCCGAAUCGUCAAACUUUACAAAUCUGCUCGUUUUYGCAAACAUCCUGGUCUACUUCAAUAGCUGUGUAAAUCCAUUCAUCUUUGGCACUUUACAGACACAGUGCACCUCAUUCAAAGCGCUGUUCAAGCGAUCUGAUAGAUCACACAGACGAAAGCUCUCAUUAUAUUCACUGCGCAUGUCGUUUAACAGCUCAUUCCAAGGUCAUAUUCACUCGUUAAGAGGAGCAAGAAGUUCGUCCAAAAGGGGURCCUUGUUUAACAGUAGACUUCUACUCAUGUACUCCUCUGAACAAGUCAAAAGAAGUCGAGAAUGGGAACGUUUAGCCUUGGAAUCAAACAUGUAAAAUUAGUUGUAUAAUAGAGUAAUUAGU